AUGGUGAAGGUCGGAGUAAACGGAUUUGGCCAUAAUGGGCACCUGGUCACCAGGGCUGCUUUUAACUCUGGCAAAGUGGGUACUGUCGCCAUCAAAGACCCCUUCACUGACCUCAACUACAAGGUCUACAUGUUCCAGUAUGAUUCCACCCAUGGCAAGUUCCAUGGCACUGUCAAGGCUCAGAACAGGAAGCUUGUCAUCAAUGGGAAGACCAUGACCAUCUUCCAGGAGUGGGAAUCCACCAACAUCAAAUGGGGUGAUGCUGAUGCUGAGUACAUCGUGGAGUCCACUGGUGUCUUCAGGACCUUAGAGAAGGCAGGGACUCACUUGAAGGGUGGAGCCAGAAAGGUCAUCAUCUCUGCCCCUUUUGCUGACACCCCCAUGUUCAUGAUGGGUGUGAACCAUGAGACCUACAAAAACACCCACACGGUCGUCAGCAAUGCUCCUGCACCACCAACUGCUUACCCCUCGGGCAAGGUCAUUCAUCACAACUUUGGCAUCGUGGAGGGACUCAUGACAACAGUCCAUGCCGUCACUGCCACCCAGAAGAUGGUGGACGGCCCCUCCAGGAAACUGUGGCACGAUGGCCAUGGGGCUCUCCAGAACAUCAUCCCUGCAUCUCCUGGCACUGCCAAGGCCCUGGGCAAGGUCAUCCCUCAGCCAAAUGGGAAACUCACUGGCAUGGCCUUCUGUGUCCCCACUGCCAAUGUGUCAGUCAUGGAUCUGACCUGCCAUCUGGAGAAAGCUGCUGAAUACGAAAACAUCAAGAACAUCCGGGGCUACACCGAGGAUCAGGCUGUCUCCACCACCUUCAACAGUGACACGCACUCUUCCACCUUCAACGUUGGGGCUGGCAUUGCCCUCGAUGACCACAUUGUCAAGCUCAUUUCCUGGUAUGACAAUGAAUAUGGUCCACAUGGCCUCCAAGGACCACCAGCCCCAGUGAGAGCACAAGAGGAAGAAAGAAACCCUCAGCUGCUGGGGAGUCCCUGCCCCAACUCAGUCCCCCAACACACUGAGAAUGCCCCUUCCUCGGCACAGUUUCCAUCCCAGGCCCCCUGA